CAUCCGACUCGUAUGUUGUUUCUCGAUCAGAUUUUUUUGGCUUUGUGAAUAGACCGCAUUUGUCUCCGUGCGUCUCCUCACAUGUGUGCGAGUAAUCUCAUCCCGUUGCCUAUAUAUACUUGCAUAAACCACCCCCCUAAUCUCAUGUUAUCGAGUCGUCGUCAUCCGUCUACCUGGGCAAUCUCAACGGUUGAGUGUGCGAGCGAGCAUAAUAGAUAGAUAGAUAGAUAGAUAGAUAGAUAGCAAUGGCGGAGAUGGGAGCAGAGGCGGCGGUGCAUUACCGAGGGGUGAGGAAGAGGAAGUGGGGGAAGUGGGUGUCGGAGAUCAGGGAGCCCGGGAAGAAGAGCAGGAUCUGGCUGGGGAGCUUCGAGUCAGCGGAGAUGGCGGCGGUGGCACACGACGUGGCGGCGCUGCGACUCAAGGGCCGCGACGCGCAGCUCAACUUCCCGGAGUCGGCGGAGCAGCUUCCGCGGCCCCGGAGCUCGGACCCCGAGGACAUACGGGCGGCGGCGCUGGAGGCGGCCGCGAGGCUCCGGUGCAGGACUGUUGGGGUAUCGGCGCCGGCGCUGGAGCGGCUGGGCAACGACGAGCUGGGGCUGGACUCGCCCAAGAUGUGGGUGGAGCUGGCGGAGGCGCUGCUGCUGAGCCCACCAGCUUGGAACCCUGAGGUGAGCGAGCCAGAGGAGUGGGAACACCAUGCGUCCUUGUGGGACCCUUUCCUGUAGACCAUCAAAUUUAUCCCUCGAGAUAAUAACACCAUCAGCUGACGUCCUUCAGUGUACCAAAGGGUGUACGUAAUACGUAAAAAAGUACGUGAUUGUUGAUGCAAGAAUGCUUCAAGGUGAGAAAUAAUUGGAAGAGUACUCUGGCAGCUAUCGUUGCCGGUCUGCAGUUUGGGGUUGCGGAGUGAAGAGAGACGAGAGAGAGUACGUCCGGCACGUUAAUCUCUCUCUCUCUCUCUAUCUUUCUCAGUAUAGUACUGUUGCAGUCUAACAAUGUUUGCUGGAGAGAGGAACAAAUGCAAGAAACACCGCGCACAGUACGCGGAAAUGCUGAUUCAUAAUGCUCCCGUCUAAUGUGCUUGACUGUGAAU